AGAAAAAAAAUAAAUAAAGAAAAAAGAAAGACACUGUGUAUGUAUUUUUGUGUGUGAAUCUUUUAUUUUUCUUCUCCUUGGCCUUCCUUGUCGUUGUUGUUCUAGAGAUUGAGUUAAUCUUGGAGCGAUAAGCGCCUGUUCCCUUCGGCAUUUCCGCCAAACAACAACUAACUUAACUUCAAUCGUCACUAUUAAGAUUAUGAUUUUUCAGUUUCAGAUUAACGGUUGUUGAAUCUCAAUUAUAUUAUUUAGAGUAUAGCAGAAUGGGAGAUAAUGAAGAUAAUGAAAUGAUGCAGAGGCUUCAUUCUUCUUCUUCUUCUUCUUCUUUUCUGCAACAACAUACACUCAACAAUCACAUGGAACAGUUAAGCAUACCGCAAUUUAAUCCUUCACAAAUGCGUAGACAUCAGAAUCAGCAUCAACAAAGAGCAGGUAUACCACCUUCUCAUCCACACCAGAUCCCACCUAUUUCACCAUACUCUCAGAUCCCGGUUUCACGGCCGCAAUUAGCUUCACAUAACACUAGUCCUACACCUUCCCACACUCGAUCACUCUCCCAACCCUCUUUUUUCUCACUAGACUCUCUUCCACCUCUUAGCCCUUGUCCGUUUCGCGACUCUUCAACCACGGACCAUGCUGACGUGUCAAUGGAAGAUCGUGACGUCACUUCUCACUCUCUCUUACCUCCUUCUUCUCCCUUUGCUCGUAACCCUUGCCGCGUUAACGAUAAUUCGCCGUUGCCUCCUCGGAAAUCUCAUCGCCGUUCCAACAGUGACAUUCCGUUUGGAUUUUCCACGGUGUUGCAAUCUUCCCCGCCUCUUAUUCCUCUUAGAGGAAGAGAAGUUGCCAAAACUUCUCCUUCUUCGGUGGUCAAAAGGGAAACAAGUUGGGACAGAAAUGUUGAUAAUCAUAAUGUAGAGGGUUCUAUUGAGAAGAAAUCGCAAUCACCUGAAGGUGAAGUUGUUGAUGAUCUUUUCUCUGCUUAUAUGAAUUUGGAUAACAUUGAUGCGAUUAACUCUUCUGGAACUGAUGACAAAAACGCUGCUACCGAUAAUCGCGAUGAUUUGGAUAGUAGAGCUAGCGGAACCAAGACUAAUGGAGGUGAUAGUAGUGAAAAUGAAGCUGAGAGUAGUGUUAAUGAGAGUGGAGAUAGUAUGCAGAGGAAGGAAGGGAUGAAGAGAAGUGCAGGAGGUGAUAUUGCGCCGACAACGAGACACUAUAGGAGUGUGUCCAUGGAUAGUUUUAUUGGAAAGUUGAAUUUCAAUGAUGAGUCGUCCAAGCUUCCACCUUCACCUGGAUUGAUGUCUCCGGGGAAUUCGGUUGAUGGGAAUUCAGCCGCAGCUUUUAGCUUGGAGUUUGGGAAUGGUGAAUUUAGUGGCCCGGAAUUGAAGAAAAUUAUGGCUAAUGAGAAACUUGCUGAAAUUGCUAUGGCUGAUCCUAAACGUGCUAAGAGGAUUUUGGCUAAUAGGCAAUCAGCUGCGCGGUCGAAAGAACGCAAGAUGCGUUAUAUAUCGGAACUAGAACAUAAAGUUCAGACUCUGCAGACUGAAGCCACUACACUUUCUGCACAGCUUACUCUAUUGCAGAGAGAUUCUGUUGGACUUACCAACCAAAAUAGUGAGUUGAAGUUCCGCCUUCAAUCCAUGGAACAACAAGCAAAACUCCGAGAUGCUCUGAAUGAGGCGCUUACUGCUGAGGUUCAAAGACUAAAGAUUGCUACAGCUGAGCUGAAUGGGGAGUCACAUCCUUCUAGCUGCUUGAUUCCGCAACAUUCUGUCAACCCUAUGAUGUUCCAACAGCAGCAUCAGCCUCCUACAUCCCAACAAAACAUUCAUCUUCAGCAGCAUCAGCAACAGCAACAACAGCAGAAUGGUAAUGCCAACUCAAAGAUGGACUUAAAGCAAUAGGAUGUGUUGGAGAUCACAUAUGGUUCUUUAUAUAUUUGUUGCUGUUUCAUUGCACUCAGUUUCACAUAUUUACAGAAGUUCUCCUUAGUUGUUAUAUGGAUCGCAUUCCCUAUCCACAGCUCGGACAGAUAGUCCAUAUACAAGUCCUAAUUCCUGUCUUAUAUUAAAAUUAUUAUAGCUCAUAUUUAAUUUCAGUACAUAUCUGAAAUUGUAAGCAUUGUUUGGACAUGAUUUGUUUUAUGAUAACAUUUAGAUGAAGUGUUACAAACUUUUAUUUUUUGGUAAAGAAUGACCAUUGUUUCGCUGUUCUGUUCA